CAUCUGCAUACAUAUACACGUAGUGAUUGGAUCCAGCAGGUUCCCGCCAGUUGGCCCCCCCGUCGAUCUCUUGCUUAGAACGGGAGCUUUUCCCCCGGACCGUCUGGCACGCGCAUAGCCACCUACGAAGCUGGCCAUCAAGGCGUGCAGCAAGCCUUGCAGCAUAUACCCCUAGUCGCCCAAAAUGACGUCGAGCUGCUGCUGUGACGGGCACAGUGUCAGCCGCAAUCCAGGAUUGAUGCGAUUUCGAAAAAUUCGAUCCCUCGAUGGAUUGCGCGUUUGCUCCGCGGCCUUGUUGGUGUGGGCACUUAGUAAGUAAGAAUGCUGCAAGGCUUUCCCCCUUAAUUCCUGCUUUCGAUUGAACGUGGCUACAUCUUGUAUGCCCUUCAUCAACAUGUUCCCGGGCAAGUUUGAUUUUGAAAUACCUGCGAAAUGACCAAGGUGAAGAAGGGCAGCUCUGAUCGGCGACCGUACGACAUCCGGCGCGUGUCCCUCAUGCAGCCCAACAGGGCCCUGAGCCAUGAUGCCCAGGACGGACUCUCGCUGUAUGAAGAAGUAAAUCGCCAAUUUGCGCAAGAAUUUCCUCAGACGGCAUGGAAUUUUGGGCAACAAUCCCGGGUGCCGUGGCUUCUCUCACCCCAUUCAGAGCGACAGGAAGAUAUGACUACCGCUCCAGCAGAUAACGCGACAUCUACAGGUACUCCAGCAGUUCAUAUGCCGGCUCACGACUUUGAGUUCGUCACUCCAACAGAUUACAGUCUUUCCACCCCCAACGACGAUGCCGAUUUUGAUUUCCUAUCCGCUACAACGUCCCCGAUGACGGCACCAGUAACUUCACCCUCUCAGCUCUCGGACAUAUCAGAUCCAUUUACCACUCUCAGCGCCGACUUUGACCCGUUAUGGGAUCCCGAUGCCUUAGGUUCACUACUCCCCUGGAAUAAUAGUCGAGCUCAAGGGCCAUACUGCUACAAAUACCAUGCAAUACGAAAUAAAGGCAAAUGCGAAGCGAACGAACAAGAACAGUUGGAGAGGUCAGAUCUAAUGGCUCCCACACCCCUCUUCGAGCAGCCUGCAGAGCACAGCAUGAUUCUACAUCCAGAAAGAGAGCCCCGUGGUUCCGAACGCCACGUUUUAGCUAAGGAAUCGUGUGUAGAUAGAAAUAACAUGAAUCAGAUUAUAUAUAAUUUGAAUCAGUUGGGCAGCCGGCUUCGCGAUGAUGCCCGCAGGCAGCUGGAUGUUAUAAGCGAUGGUUGUGACGCGUCUCCGUUGAGCUUUGGUGAAGGCUGAGCGCCUUUCUCUUUGUGUGCUUCUUUUUUUUCUUUUGGUCUGUCUGUGUGUGCGAGCGUGUGUGUUUCUUUUCUUCUCUUCUCUAUAUUUUUGUCAUCUAUUUCAAGUGCAAAGGCAUGAGACCAUAGAUCUAAAGCAAAAAGAGUGCCUGCGACUAUCGAUGGGAUAGCGAGUGGCGCUUUUAAUGCCCUCCUAUUGCCAUCGAGAUUCCCCAUUACCAUCGAGAUGCUGCUAAAGACUCGACCCAAAUAUCAAAACGCACCUGCUGGAUUGGGGGCUAGAAACACUG